UCAGACAGCAACAGGAACUGUCUCUUUACAGGACAUUCCUCCAGACCUUAGGAAAGCAGCCUGAACCAGCCUUCAUAACCACAGACACAAUGGCAGAUGCAAGCUUUCAGCAGAAGUUCCUGGAAGCCCAUAAUGCCUACAGAGCGAAGCACAACACACCACCGUUGACUCUUAGCAGUGAGUUGACAGCUUCAGCUCAGAAAUGGGCCGAUCACCUGCUGUCAAUCAAAACCCUGCAGCACAGUGACACUAAGGACGGAGAGAACGUCUACGCUAAGUCCAGCUCAGCAACCAUUAACCCAACAGGGGCAGAAGCUGUAGAUUCAUGGUACAGUGAGAUCAAGGAUUACAACUUUGAGAAACCUGGAUUCCUCAGUGGGACUGGUCAUUUUACUCAGGUGGUUUGGAAAGACAGCACUGAACUGGGUGUGGGUAUGGCCACUAAUGGCAACAUGAUCUUUGUGGUUGGGCAGUACCGGCCAGCUGGCAACAUGAACAUGCCGGGAUACUUUGAGAAAAACGUCCUCCCCUAG